AUGACUUCUCUGUUCGGAGGAGCCGCCCAGAACACCGGUAGUAGCCUGUUCGGCAACACCGCGAACAAGUCGCCCUUUGGUGGUACGACGACCAAUACCCAGCCUACCGGCGGUGGACUGUUCGGACAACAGAACCAGCAGCAAGGAUCGCUAGGCGGUUCAACAUUCGGCGCCAGCACUACUACACCUCAAACACAGCAACCAGGAGGCUUGUUCGGAAAUGCACAGAAGCCCCAGAACAGUCUACUCGGCGGAAGUACCUUUGGACAGCCUGCGCAGCAACAGCCACAGCAACAGAGCAGCGCAUUUGGAACCUCGCUUGGACAGAAACCACAAGGAUCUCUCUUCGGUGGUACAACGAGCGGUGCCCAGGCGCCUGCCACGGGGAUGUUUGGACAACAGAACCAGCAGCAACAAGCCCAGCAACCACAGCAAUCUCAAUUCGGCCAGACUACCAUGGCUACACCACAGGGCCAGCAGCAACAGCCUCCUCUGGCAUCAAGCUUAUGGUCCCCUGGCCGUGCGAUCACUGGAGUGCACCGAACCGUUCCCAUGCAGAUGGCAAUUGUCAAGGACAAGUGGGAUCCCCCAAGUCAAUCCUCGCCGUUCCGAGCAUAUAUCUAUAACAACGUGGGCGAAGAGGCCGCGCCUUUCUACCAACCCGGCCCCGACGAUGAUCAUACGAAGUGGGAGGAAGCUUUGCGCAAGCGCCCCGGUCCGGGCUAUGUCCCUGUACUUGUGAGAGGCUUCUGGGAGCUCGGCAAGCGCGCCCAGCGACAAAGAGACUUCCUUACCAUGAUUCAAUCGCGCCUGCAUGAGAUCAACAACUGCCUGACCGAACUCCUUUCGAAGCAUGACCUCAACCUAUCCAUUAAGAUCGCCGACGCUCGUCGGAAACACAUUAUUCUGAGCAAGCGGUGCCUGGCUCUUGCUGCCAAAACACAGAUUCUCCGCAACCGAGGCUACGCCAUGGACGAGGCAGAGGAGGAGUUGAAAAAGAAGCUGACUCAGCUGGAACGUUCGGUCUUUGACCCGUCGAUCAAUGGCCGUGGCGAAGAGAUCUGGGCCCGUAUGUUGGCUAUUCACGAGCACUCCAAGCGACUGCAGGCUGAGUUGGAUCGUGCUGGUGUGAACGUGACACCCGCCGAAGACGAUAUUGAUGAGCAGACUUUGAAGACCGCGAAGAAGAUUCUCGAUGACUACCACUCCCAGAUCCAGCACCUCCAGAAAGAAAUGGAGUCUAUCAAGAAGGACUUUGAAGAGGCCAAGAGCGCAAAUGGAAACUGA